UGCGCAGUUGCCUAGCUAGGGGGCAACUGCGGGCUUUCACGUUUUCGGCGCGCUUUUGACACCACUGUGAAACCAGAGAGCCGGGUGGGAGGAAGGGAAGCGGCUGUUCAGUAACCUGGGCUGGGCUGGUACCUCUGGCUACUGUUGUGAUUAACAACCGUUGCUGCUGACAGUUCCCGGAGUAAGUACACAGGGGACGUUUGCUUGCAACUUGCAAGCCCCAUCUUUGAAAUAAAACCAGAGGUGUGGAGUGAUGAGAGUGGGCGGGUGAAGGAGGCAGGUGUCCCAGUAGAACAUUGACAGACAAGUGGGAGGUCAAGCAAGGAUGCUGGAGGCAGAUGCAGACUCAGCCGGCGCAGCACUAGAGAGCGAAGAGGAGGCAGAGAUGGGGAGCAGAGACUUGAAGACUGAGGUGGUACGGCUGACUCUGGAGCUCCAGGAGGCCACAGAGGAGAAGCUACAGGCAGCCCGCUAUGGCCUGGUGGUGCUGGAGGAAAGUAGUGCUCUCAAGAUUAAAUACAGGCAGCUGGAAGAGGAGCAUGAAACCCUCAAAGGGGAGCUACAGCAGCUCAAAGAGGCAUUUGCAGAUUCUGUGAGCAGCCAGAAGCGUGCAGCUGCUGAUGGAGAGUGCCGGGAGGAGAACCUGCUGCAGGAGACUGCUACUAAGGAGGCUGCCAUGGCAACCCGAUUGGAGGAAGUCCAGGCAGAGCUCAAGCAAGCACGCCUUGCUCUGAGCAAUGCCCAUGCAGAGAUCGAUAGACUGGGGGGGGUCACCACCCAACUAAAGAAGGAGUGUGAGUGUCUGGAGGCCGAAAAGGGCCAUCAGAGGGAGGAGAUGAAGGAAUAUAAAAUACGUGAGCUGCGCCAGUUGCAGGACAAUGGCGAGCUAGAAGAUGAGAACAUAUCUUUGCAAAAACAGGUGUCUGUGCUCAAGGAAAACCAGGUUGAAUUUGAAUCAAUAAAGCUGGAGCUGACCCAAAAGAACGAGGUGCAGGAGGAGCUGCGAGCUCAGAUGGAAGAGGCAGAAAGGCUGAGGGAGAUAGCAGAGAGGCAGCUGGAUGAGGCCCUGGAAGCCCUGAAGGAGGAGAGGGAGCAGAAGAACUGUCUGCGGCGAGAGCUCUCUGCCCUGACCCUUAACCCCUUUGAUUCUGUGGGGAACUUGGAGCUCCACUUGGAUCAGCUGGAUGACAGCCAGGAAGAGGGCCAGGGGGGAGAGGGAGAGGGAGAGGGAGAGGAUCAGGACAGCGGCAUUAAUAAUGGUCCUGGUUCUGCUCCCAGUUCUGCUCACCCUCCUCACUUGGGAGGCUCCAAAAGUAAUGGCCUCAUCCAUCGCUACUCCACUCCGCGCAACAGUGACGUAUUCCUUCGUGCUCCAGCGUCUGGGCUGGUGUCAGACCUGCUGAGUGAGCUACACUUUUCAGACAGUCAGAAACUAAAACAGCAACUCCUACAGGCAGACCGAGAGAAGUCCAGUCUGGUAAGCAAGGUGGAGGAACUGCAAAUGCAGCUGGUAAUGUCCAAACAGGCACUCAGUCAGCAAGCAGACAAGGUUGGCUCUCUCACUCAACAGCUGGAAGCUGUGCACAGCAGCCAGCAGCACAACCAGGAGGCAGACGGCAGGGGAGAUGAUGAGAAUGGAGACGGCAGCAAUGCAGCCUUCGACUAUGAGGUAGACACCAAGAGCAAAGAGGUGCUGGAGGCACGCAUGCGUUCGGCCAGCGAAGAGCUUCUGAAGCUGCGGGAUGAACUGUCUCAGGCGGGAACUCGUUAUAACACCCUGGAGCACAGAUACAAGCAGGAGAAGGAUCGUUGGAGGGCAGAGGCCCAGGAGCUAGCUGACAAGAUCCGUCAAUGCAUCAAGUCCAGCAAGCAGGACCAGGAGCGCAUCGGUGAGCUGGAGAAGGAGAUUGGAGCAACGCGGAAAGUGGCCAUUGAUUCCGAAGGGCACUUGAGCGUCGCCCAGGAAGAGCUGCUGGCUUUCUCUGAGGAGCUGUCCAACCUCUAUCACCACAUCUGCGUGUGCAACAACCUGACACCCAAACGAGUCACCCUGGACUACUACCGGGAUGGUGCCAGGGCAAGUGUUGGAGGAAGUAGUGCACGAAGGUCACACUACGUCCACCCCCAGCACAACUCCCAGAAGAAGCCGCGAGCUAAUGACAUGUUUAGCUCCAAAGCUUCAGCAUUGCAGUUCAUGGGGGAGGUGGACAGUGCAGGAGCCAGCGGAGACUCUCCCAAUUGCCCUGGAUCCCCCACCCUGGAUUUCAGGGACCCUUCAAAUGUCCGCAACUUGGUAGCGGUCAUCCGUUGCCAGAUUAAACACCUCCGGGUGGCAGUGGACCUCUGUCGUCAGAGGGGCGCGAUGCCUUACUCAGGGUUCAGCAGCAGCGGAGAGUCGGAGCGGGAUGCUGAAAGCCUCAUGGAAGAAGUACUAAAACUCAAGUCCCUUCUCAGCACCAAGAGAGAACAGAUUGCUACGCUCAGGACUGUCCUCAAGGCUAACAAACAGACUGCGGAGUUGGCCCUGUCCAAUUUGAAAACCAAGUACGAGACGGAGAAGAGCAUGGUGUCAGAGACCAUGAUGAAACUGCGGAACGAGCUCAAAGCCUUGAAGGAGGACGCCGCCACCUUCUCUUCAUUGCGAGUCAUGUUUGCCAGUCGGUGUGAUCAGUAUGUCACCCAGUUGGAUGAGAUGCAGAGGCAGCUGGCAGCAGCCGAGGAUGAGAAGAAGACACUGAAUUCUCUGCUGCGUAUGGCCAUACAGCAGAAACUGGCUCUUACUCAGCGUUUGGAGGACCUGGAGGCCCCUCUGUCUCCCCACAGCUUGAACAGCAGCCCCCGCCGCUCCAGGGCCAAAGAGCUGGCCACCAAGUCAGGCCGGGCUCCACGGAGCCCCCGAAACAGUCCUGCACGCCCCCCGCUGAGAAGCAGUCCACGAGCUAGCCCUGUUCUCGGCGGCAGCGUUUCUGCCAUGGCCACGCACCACCUGCGAGGUUUAACACGAAGUCUCCACACGAGCCCUCGCUGAAACGCUCCUUCCAUUACUCCAAACCCCAUCUUCUCCAUAAGGACCUGUCUUCAUCUUGACUCCCGGCUCCCUUCUCCUUUCCUGACUCAAGACAUCCUGUCCAUCCCAGAUAUGAUGCAACAUUCCCCAGUGUAGACACCAGAACCAUGGAUUUUUA